AUCAACAAUCUGUGUGUUGCCUUGUUAAAUCCUCCUGUGAAUGUGUACAUGUGUUGCAGGGGGCGCGCUUGGGAACUCUUUUUUUUUUUUUUUUACUGUGACUUUCAUUUGUAGCAGCAGGGAGAGACGCAGACGGGAUAGAGCUCGAAAUCACCGCGACCCGGAACCGAGCAACUUCUCACUCACAUUCCAAGAAUAUAACGGAGCCGCUGGCAUGAACUAAACACACCGAGGUGGUUCGUUCUUUAGUACCCGCGUGCACGCUCGACUUUAUCUGUUGUUUACUUUCCAUUUUUGAUUGUUGCACGAAAUCAACCGCCUUGAAUCACAGGCAGGCAAGCCAGGGAAAGCAGAAGUCUCUCAACUCGCCUCGGGCGCUCGUUCUGCAGGCAUGUCGCAGAAAGAAAGACCCACUUUCUAUCGACAGGAGGUCAACAAGACAAUAUGGGAGGUCCCUGUGCGAUAUCAGAACUUGUCUCCCGUCGGCUCUGGUGCAUACGGAUCUGUAAGCUCUGCAUACGAUGAAAAGACAGGAUUGAAGGUCGCCGUGAAGAAGCUGUCAAGGCCAUUUCAAUCCAUCAUCCAUGCCAAGCGGACCUACAGGGAAUUGCGACUACUCAAGCAUAUGAAACAUGAGAAUGUGAUCGGCCUGCUGGAUGUUUUCACACCUGCCACUAGCCUGGAGGAGUUUAAUGAUGUGUACCUGGUGACUCAUCUAAUGGGUGCUGACCUGAAUAAUAUUGUGAAGUGUCAGAAGCUGACCGACGAUCAUGUUCAGUUCCUUAUUUACCAGAUCCUGCGAGGGCUUAAGUACAUCCAUUCGGCUGACAUAAUUCACAGGGACUUGAAACCCAGUAAUCUGGCAGUAAAUGAAGACUGUGAACUUAAGAUCCUUGACUUUGGUCUGGCUCGACACACAGAUGAUGAGAUGACAGGGUAUGUGGCCACAAGGUGGUACCGUGCUCCAGAGAUCAUGCUUAACUGGAUGCACUACAACAUGACAGUGGACAUUUGGUCAGUGGGCUGCAUCAUGGCUGAGCUGUUGACAGGCAGGACUCUGUUCCCUGGCACAGAUCACAUCGAUCAGUUGAAGCUUAUUAUGCUUCUGGUUGGAACUCCAGGACCUGAGCUGUUAAUGAAAAUAUCAUCGGAGUCUGCUCGUACUUACAUCAACUCACUUCCUCAGAUGGCCAAGAGGAAUUUUGCUGAUGUGUUUAUCGGGGCUAAUCCACAAGCUGUGGACCUUCUAGAAAAGAUGCUGGUUUUGGACACAGAUAAGCGCAUCACAGCGGCGGAGGCUCUGGCUCACCCAUACUUUGCUCAGUACCAUGACCCAGAUGAUGAACCCGAGGCAGAGCCUUUUGACCAGAGCUUUGAGAGCCAAGAGCUUGAUAUCGAAGAGUGGAAACGUCAGACAUAUGAAGAGGUGAUAAGUUUUGAGCCGCCAGUCUUUGACGGAGAUGAAAUGGAAUCUUGACCUUUUCUUCUGGAUGGCAAUCAAACCAACUGUACUACUUCUACAGUAAUGCUGUCAUUUUGCAGUAUUGUAAUCAGCCAGUCAGUAGGAUGUUUGACUGUUUCUUUUCAUAUUUUUAAUGUUGUCUACUGGGCCAAACAGAAGGAAUAGAAGUCAUAGAAAAUAUUAUUUUACACAUUGAAUCUUUUCAAAAGAAUCUGAUGGUAAUAAUAUUAACAACUUUUUUUUGUUUUCCUUAAUGAUUAGUUUUGGUCAGUUCCAUGAUGUUCAUAUAUGACAGUCAUGCAAGUCUACUUGUAAAUGUAAUAUCUCGUAGUAGUAUUUAGUUGUGCUGUUCUUUCUGUGUACAAUGUAUCACAUUUGCAGUACUUUUAAAAUGUUCAGAAAACGUUGUUCAUUUAGUUUCUGUUAAUAUAUAUAUUUUUCCAAUCAAAUAAUGAGCAUUGUAUUUAACGAUUUACAGUAUGUUCCUCAUUAAUCAGUUUUCAUAAAGAUGGAAUUUAUUGGAGGCUCCUUUGAUAGAGCUAGGAUGAAAAAUGUAAAUUGUUGCAUUGGAUAUUGGUGAUAAGUUUAGGUUAUUUGUAAAUAUACAUUUCAUAAAGCUUUUGGAAUCUGUAGCUGUUUUAUUUCUGAUCUUUUUCACAGUGUUUGUGUAUGUUUCAUAGAGAGAGGUUGUGUGUGUGUGAGUGUGUGUGUGUGUCCACCUGAGGUUGCUACUAUGAACCCUAUUCGAUCUGAUUCUGCUUCCAGUAGUUUUUUAAAAUGCUAUUAAUUGAAUGUUGAAAUAUGAAAGCGGAGUAAGAUAUUUAUACUGUUGAGGUGGUAUUUAUGAACCUGAAAAGCUCUCUUCUUUAGCACCUGACAGAAAACAUGGAAUCAAACACCAUUGUUUACUGAAAAUAAAGGCCGAUAUUUUU